AAUUUGAAACUCCUUUUUAUUUAAAACGCGUUUUUUUAAUAUUUUUUGUUUUCUCCCCUUCUUCAUUUAAUACGAAAAAUGCGCUCUAUAUUUGUAGUGCUUGCUUCUGCUAUUGCAGCUUGUACAAGUGUACUUGCUCAAGGAACUGCCAACAUGAGAACCCAUUCCAUUUCCAUGCCUUAUAUUGAUGACGAACUUCAAAAUAGAUGGUUUGAUUUUGCUGGAAACACAAUUAUUAACACCAAUCAUCAAAUUCGUUUGACAUCAACAAAGCAAUCUCAACUCGGUUACUUGUGGUCUCGUUUGCCUUUAAUGGGUGACCAUUUUCAAAUAGAAGUUGAAUUUAAAGUAGAUGGUAACUCAGGCCAUCUUUAUGGUGAUGGUUUUGCUAUGUGGCUCACAAAGCAAAGAAUGACAGAAGGUCCUGUCUUUGGUUCUGUUGACAGAUUUGAAGGUCUCGGUAUAUUUUUUGAUACUUAUGAUAAUGAAAGAGCCCAUCGCCAUACAUUCCCUUAUGUAAUGGCUAUGCUUGGUGAUGGUACUCAGUCAUAUAACAAUGACAAGGAUGGUAGUGACAGUGAACUUGCUGGUUGUGAGGCUGAUUUCAGAGCAAAGGGACACCCUACUCGUGCACGUUUAACAUAUCACAAGAAGAACUACCUUCAACUGGAUUUGAUGUGGCGUACUGAAGAUGAAUGGGAUCUUUGUUUCAAGACACACGAUGUUGUUCUUCCCGAACAAAUUUACCUCGGUUUCAGUGCUCACACUGGUGAAGUGACUGAUAACCACGAUAUCAUCUCUGUUGUAACUAAAUCCAUUCCUCCUGCUGCUGUCGAAGCUGCCCCUCAAGCACCCAAGACCGUCAAGAAAUCAAGCGGCAGUGGUGUUCUUUCUGUUUUAUUUAAGAUUAUUUGUGCUGGUGGUCUUGUUGGUGUUCUUUUCGUUGGUUACCGUUUCUAUGAUCAAAGAAAUAGAAUGAAGCGCUUCUAAAAAUUGAAUUAGUAGCCAAUCACAUUUGAAAAAGUGUACAUAAAAAAAUCUCCAAUUGUCUACAAGCACCCUUCCACAAAGUUUUUUUUUUUAAUUUUUUUUUUUUUUUUU